AUGUUUUAUGAGCAAUCAUUCUUUUAUCAUCCGCCAUUGACGUUUUUUUUUCCUUUUCAUUCGAAAUUUGUUUCUAAUUCUUUUUUCUCUAUGAACCUUUCACUUUGUCUCUCUCUCUCUCUCUCUCUCUCUCUCUCUCUUUCUUUAUAUAUUUAUAUAUAUAUUCUUUCUACAUCCAUUUCACACAGACCUCAGAGAGUCUCUUCCCUCUCUCUCUCUCUCUCUCUCUCUCUCUCUUUUUCUUUCCUUUGUUUUUGGUUCCUGUUAUUACUAUUGUCACGGAUCAUUCUUUUUAUUUUCAACAUCUUUUUUUUUCCUUUUUUCUUUUACCAUUCUUAUAUUUUUUUUCCUCUCUCUCUCUCUCUCUCUCUUUCUCUCUUUCUUUCUUUCUUUCUUUCUUUCUCCCAAAUUAUUACUAUUGUCUUGAUCAUUCUUUUUAUUUUUCGGCAUCUUUUUUUUCAUUUUCCUUGUACAUUCAAAAUUUGUUUCUCAUUCUUUUCCUCAUAUGAACCUCUCACUUUGUCUCUUCCAACUCUCUCUCUCUCUCUCUCUCUCUCUCUUUUCUUUCUUUUCUUUCUUUCUUUCUCCCAAAUUAUUACUAUUGUCUUGAUCAUUCUUUUUAUUUUUCGGCAUCUUUUUUUUCAUUUUCCUUGUACAUUCAAAAUUUGUUUCUCAUUCUUUUCCUCAUAUGAACCUCUCACUUUGUCUCUUCCCAACUCUCUCUCUCUCUCUCUCUCUCUCUCUCUCUUUCUUUCUUUCUUUCUUUUCCCUCCCAAAUUAUUACUAUUGUCUUGA